AGUAGAAAGUGAGAAACAUCAAUGUGUCAUUGCCUCUCACACGCCCCCUGCUGGGGGACCCGGCCUGCGACCCAGGCAACCCUGCCCUGCAGUUCCCACAGGCCCUUGGCCAGCGGAGGGCACAGCCCAGCGCAACACGGACGUGUUCUCACUCUUAGCAACAGCGAGCGAGCGAGUAGUGUGGCCGCGGGACACGGCAGGUCGGGCAAUGCCUCUGCCCACACACAGCUUCACCAGAGGUAACCCCAUGGCUGCAGCCUGCGAGAUCAGCAACGUGUUCAGCAACUACUUCAGCACCAUGUACAGCCCCGAGGACCCCGUGCUGGCCCCCGGCCCGCCCGACUCCGCCUUUGGGGCCGAGGACCUCGUGCUGUCCCUGAGCAACCCCCAGAUGCCACCAGAGGGCCCUGAGAAGGCCAGCUGGUCCCGGGAGCAGCCCCAGUUCUGGUCCAAGGCCCAGGUUCUGGACUGGAUCAGCUACCAGGUGGAGAAGAACAAGUUCGACGCCAGCACCAUCGACUUCUCCCGCUGCGACAUGGACGGCGCGGCGCUCUGCAGCUGCGCCCCCGAGGAGCUGCGGCUCGUCUUUGGGCCUCUGGGGGACCAGCUCUACGCCCAGCUGUGGGACCGCACUUCCAGCUUUCCUGACGAGCUCAGCUGGAUCAUCGACCUGCUGGAGCAAGACAGCAUGUCCUUCCAGGAGACCCUGGGGGACGCAGGCCCCUUCGACCAGGGAAGCCCCUUCAGCCAGGAGACGCCCGAGGGCCGGCAGCAGCCCAGCCCCUACCACCCGGGCAGCUAUGGCGCAGGGGCCCCAUCCCCGGGCUGCUCGGAAGUCUCCGCCGCAGGGACUGGCGCUUCCCAGGGCUCCCCCUGCUCGGACUCUGGGGGCAGUGACGUGGACCUGGACGCCCCCGACAGCAAGCUCUUCUCCAGGGACUGCUUCCCUGACUACAGGAAGGGGGACCCCAGGCACGGGAAGCGGAGACGGGGCCGGCCCCGGAAGCUGAGCCGAGAGUCUCGGGAGAGCCCGGGCAGCAAGAAGAGCAAGCACGCCCCCAGAGGCACCCACCUGUGGGAGUUCAUCCGGGACAUCCUCAUCCACCCCGAGCUGAACGAGGGCCUGAUGAAGUGGGAGAACCGGCAGGAGGGCGUGUUCAAGUUCCUGCGCUCGGAGGCCGUGGCGCAGCUGUGGGGCCAGAAGAAGAAGAACAGCAGCAUGACCUACGAGAAGCUGAGCCGGGCCAUGAGGUACUACUACAAACGGGAGAUCCUGGAGCGGGUGGAUGGCCGGCGGCUCGUCUACAAGUUCGGCAGAAACUCCAGCGGCUGGAAGGAGGAGGAGGUAGCCGGGAGUCGGAACUGAGGGCCCAAGGGGACCGAGACAGACGCAUAGACUUGAGGCCGGUGGCCCCUCUCCAGAGGACUGCUGGGCUGCGGGGGAAGCUGAGGCUCUGCAGUCUCCACAGCUACCUCCCCGUGGAUUUACAAGCCCAGGGUUCGAAGUGACUUGUCCACCAGCGAUGCUACAAGUGUGGCUCCUUCGGCGCUCCGGACGCCCGACCCAGACCCCGGCUGCAGAUACCCACAGGUGCCUGGACGGAGGCCAGGAGGCCCAGGAGGCCCAGGGCGCCGUGAGCGAGGGGACAGGGCCCUGCGCCUUGUUGCUGGACCGGGUUUCAGUCCCUACCAAAGCUUGGGCUCCGCAGGCGGGGGUCAGAGCGCCCCCUAAUUUAUGUGCUAUAAAUAGGGCAGAUGUACAUAGAGAUCUAUUUUUUCUAGGACAUUCCCCUGACUGGUCCUGGCCCUGGACUGGGCCUGGGAGGGGCGAGGGUGCCGGACGCUCAGGGCGGGGCCCCGGCUCCUUCCUCCCGAUUGGAGGCAGAGAUCUACCUCCAAUAAAGUGCCUCCUGGGCUGUU